AUGAGUCUUCGGAGGCCUACAGGUGGAAGCGGUGGGCAUCAAAACAACAAUCCCAGUCACGUCUCAUCAAAUUUUCAGAAUUCAAUCGUGCCCAGUCUCUCACAUCAAGGUAUUCACCUCCCAGUAGGAAUGAUAGCACCUCCAAACACAAGCAAUUUGGGAAUCAGUGAACUAACUGCACAGUUGGCAGCUCUUGCUCAGCAAUCAGGUUUGGCUUUGACUCCUGCAGCAGCAGCAGCUACUGCAAGUUUUAUGGCCCUAACAUCUCAAAAUAGUGGUCCAGGUGCUCAGUCGAUGUCAGGGUCUCCUAACUUGUCAGCCAUUCUUGCAGCCCUUCAAGGUGGCGCUGUCCAAACUGGCGUGCUUCCUCACAUGUCUGCUGGAAAUGCAAGUGUAAUUGGAUCAGUACAAUCGCCCAUCUCUUCACAUGUGACCCCCGUCGGUGUUCGCCCACCACCCAACAACAAUGGAAGCACAGUCCUAAUAGUGUCUAAUCUCAACGAGGAUAGGGUUUAUCCGGAUGCUCUUUUUACACUCUUUGGUGUAUAUGGAGACGUUACUCGUGUAAAAAUUAUGUUCAAUAAGAAGGACACAGCUCUAAUUCAGUUCACUGACCCUCAUCAGGCUCUUACUGCUCUUCAAUAUCUUAACGGUCAACGCCUUUGGGACAAACCAAUGAAGAUUGCUGUUUCUCGGCAUAAUAUUGUUCAGUUACCUAAAGAAGAAACUGAGAAUGGUUUGACUAAGGACUACACCAACAGUCUUUUACACCGCUUCCGGAAGCCAAAUUCGAAGAAUUUCCAAAAUAUUUAUCCUCCAAGCCACGUAUUGCAUUUGAGCAACAUACCUCCUUCAGUGGUUGAGAGUGAUAUACGUGUGUUAUUUGCAACCAAAGGAUUCGAAGUUACAGGCUUCCGAUUUAUGAAGGAUAACAAAAUGGCUCUCGUGCAGUUGGAAACUAUUGAUCUUGCUAUUCAAGCUCUUAUUGUACUCUGGCGAUGCUUGACUGUAAAGGGAAUGUCGACAAAAUACAUUACACUGAUCAAGGAACUCUACUUGAACUCAUGCAGCCAGAUACAAAAGAAAAGUGAUGAUAUGGACACAAUGCGGGUGUACAUCAAAGCCACACAAAAUGGAAGCGAGGAGUAGAAGAAUUCCUUGUAGACAGACUAGGUGUUUGUUUGGAUACAGCCAUUAUCUAAAUUCUUCUUGAAAUUCACUUACUGUCCUUUUAUUGUCUGUUCAGCAAGUAAGACUGGAAGCUAUUGGAAAAUGUGCACAAUUCACUGACUUUUUGGAUCACUGUUUAAGAAAAUCAAUUUUAACACAUACUUAUGACAGUGCAUAAAGACCUGUAAUCACUACAUUCUUUCGCCUACCCUUAUAUAUAUAUAUAUAUAGUUGAAUUUUUUCAAAUGAACUUUCCUGGUUAUCAUUUCUAUUAAUUGUAACGAUUUAAUUUCUGUUUCGUAUAAUCAAAGAAGAAGCAACCUUAAAAACGUACUAAUUGGAAAAAGCUGCAAGAGGAAACAACAUCCUAUUUGUUUAAAUUUAAGUUGCAGUUAAACUAAGUAAAAUACUGGUUGAAUUUCUCGAUAGACAAGAGAAAAAAUUAUGAGUCCACCGCCACACGUAUUGCAAGCCAACAGUCGUUGUGUUUCUUGAUGUUCUCUAGAACUGUCUGUUAGAGACGGGUGUACCUGAGAAGUUUGUGAACAUCCUGAAAGCUCAAUAUAGAAACACCUCAGGUAGAGUGAGGGCAUACAACCAACUAUCAUCACUGUUCCCAACCAACAGUGGG